CUAGAAUAAAAUACACGAAUUUUUUAAAAUAGGUACUAAAUUAUUGAAAACUUUUAAAUCACAGGUGCUAUUUUGCCGAACAAAUAAGUUAUUAUUGCCUUUACUAACCAGGCAGAGUUUAAUGUCCUUAGCGACGGUUUUGAUUCCUUGAGCACCAAAGAAAAUACACACGUUUUGUGGUUGUUUUGAUUGCUGAAAAAUAUUAUUUAUAUCAUCAUGGGGCAUUAUAAGCCAGCAGAUUCCAAGCGUGAAGAAUUUCGUAAAUACCUCGAAAAAUCAGGUGUUUUAGAUUCUUUAACAAAAGUUCUUGUGACGUUGUAUGAAGAACCAGAAAAACCAUCAAGUGCUGUAGAUUUCUUGAAACAACAUAUUGGUGUUGGACCUCCAGAUACGGCAGAUGUUGCAUCGUUAAAGCUCGAAAUGUCAAAAUUAAAAGAAAGAAAUCAAGAAUUGGAAGAUGAAGUUGCAGAACUCAAACAGAAGGUCGAAGAACUUGAAGUGAAGAAUGAAGAUGAAAAGUCAAGUUAACCGGCAGCCGAUGGAAGAUACAAAGCAAGUUGGAUUAUAUUGUAUAUAGGAAAAUUUUGAACUUUUUUUUUUAUAUAACACUGAUAUAGAUUGUUUUUACUAUAUGCUAUAUUUUCUUGUUUGAUUUAUUAAAAACAAAUAAGAAAGUACGGUUUUAACACUGUUUGAGUGUCAUGGUAAUUCUUGACGCUCGUCUAUACUAGCACAGAAUUAAAAAUAUUUCAUAACGCAAUUAUUGUAUUUAUUGUUGGCAAUUUGUUACAUUAUAUUGCAGAGUUUCCAA